AUGGCGAACAAUAUGAUACCGGAAACAAUGCUUAUGUCAGGUGUGACAGUCGAUUUUCCUUAUAAACCAUAUCCAUGUCAAAUAGCAAUGCUUGGAAAAAUAAUAAAAGCUUUACAACAAUCGAAAAAUUGUCUUCUUGAAUCACCAACAGGUACUGGAAAAACAUUAACUUUAUUAUGUGCUGCAUUAGCUUGGCAACAAAAAGAAAUUGAACAAAUACGAUUAUCAUCAUCAGUAAACGAUAGUACAGAUAAGCCAGCAGAAUCAACAACAACAACAACAAAACAAACACCAAUUUCACGUAUAUUUUAUUGUACUCGUACACAUAAACAACUUGAACAAGUUGCUAGACAACUUACUCAAACAGUUUAUAAAGAUAAAAUUCGUAUGACAUUAUUAUCAUCACGUGAUAAUUAUUGUAUACAUCCAAUUGUAUCUAAAGGACCAAAUAAAAAUUAUGAAUGUCGUAAAGUAACAAGACCAGAUAAACAAAAAUUUGGUCAAUCAAAUUUUAAAAGUGAAUGUGGAUUUUUCGAACGAUUAAAAGGUAAAACAGCUAGCGAUUUUUUUCGACCACUCGGUACAAAACAAAUACCACGUGUUUUUGAUAUUGAACAAUUUAAUUCAUUUUGUCAAACAACACAUGCUGUUUGUCCAUAUUAUACAAGUCGUUUAUUAAUCAAUGAUGUACAAAUAAUAUUAUGUCCAUAUAAUUAUCUUAUUGAUCCACGUGUAAGAAAUUCAAUGCAAAUGUCAGUUAAUCAUUCAAUUAUUAUUAUUGAUGAAGCACAUAAUAUUGAAGAUUGUGCACGUGAAUCAAUGAAAUUUGAUAUGAGAAAAUAUGAUUUUGAUUUAGCAUUAGAAGAAAUACAUAUGAAUCAAAAAGCACUUGAAAUGGCUCAAAUAAAAGCUGCACAAUUAAUUGUAAAUGAAACAGGUUUUUCUGCAACACAAGAACCAAUAUGUGAUACACAAUUAAAUUCCACUCAACAACAAACAACACGUCGUACACCUGGUUAUUCUGAAAUGGAUCAAUUAGAUGAAGAAAAUGAUUUACUUGAACAUUUAAAUAUUGAUCAACUUGGAAAUAAUCAAGAACAAACAUCGGAUGUAAAAUCUGAUGAUCAAGCUGUUGCAAAUGCAUUAAAAUUUCUUGCUGAAAGAUUUUCUCGAAUACUUUUAUGGUUUGACACAAAAGAUCCACGAGAAAAAUAUACAUUUACACCAAAAGAACUUGUUGAACAAUUCCAUCAAGCAAAAUUUAUUGAUCGAUCAAUUGUAAAUGUACAUAAACCAGCAACAAAAAAUCAACCAGCAAGUAAACGCGGUGUCAUUCAAGAUGCUAGUCGAAUACGAAAGGCACUAUCUAAAAGCAUUUUGAAUGCACCAGAAUAUAUUAAAUUUUCAGAUGAAACUGCAAAUUUUUUAGAAGAUCUUGAUCUCUGUUUAUCUGUAUUAUAUUCUGAUGAUUAUCAAUUUUUUGAUGAUUAUAAAAUCACAUUAAAAACAAUUCCAUUUGAACCAAGUGCAAGUGCAGUUGCACAAAUGCAACAAUCAUCUUCAAAUUCAAUGGAUAUGCCUAAUAAUGAAUGGACUGAUAUGAGUCAAAAAUCGACUCAAUUAAAACGACAUCAAUAUAACAUAAUGAAAACAACAUAUCCACUUCAUACACAACAAUUAACAUUCUAUUGUUUAUCACCAAGUGUUGCAUUUGCUAAAGAUUUAAAAUUAGCUCGAUCUUUAAUUUUUGCAUCGGGUACACUUGCACCAUUAGCAACUUAUUCUGGUGAAUUAAAAAUUCCAUUCGAUAUUCAAAUGGAAUGUAAUCAUGUUAUUGAUGUACAACGUACAUUUAUAACAGCAUUAGGUCAUGGACGAAAUUCAAAUAUAAAAUUACGAGCAACAUAUCAAAAUACAGAUAAAUUUGAAUUUCAAGAUGAAUGUGGUCUUGUUCUACUUGAUAUUUGUCAACGUGUACCAUAUGGUGUACUUUGUUUUGUACCAUCCUAUCGAUUUCUUAAUGUAAUUAUUACUCGUUGGACGUCAAGUGGACUUUGGAAACAAUUAAAUGAACAUAAAUCAGUUUUUUUUGAAGAAAAAAGUAGUGCGAAUUUUCAAAAUACAAUUAAUCUAUUUCGUGAAGCAAAUGGUACAUUAAAAAUUGUUAAAGAACUAUCAGCAAAUGCCAAACGUGUUAAUGCUAUGUUUAAACGAAAAAAAACUUCAGAAGAAGUAUCAACAACAAAUUCACCCUAUUUUACAGCUAAAGGUGGUCUUUUAUUAGCUGUUUGUCGAGGCCGAGCAUCUGAAGGUAUCGAUUUUUCGGAUAAUAAUGCUCGGUGUGUCAUAACACUUGGAAUACCAUAUCCAAAUGUUCAAGAUGAAGAAGUGAUUUUUAAACGAAAUUAUAAUAAUGAACAAAAUAAACGUGUACCACAAAUAAUGAACGGAAGUGAUUGGUAUGACUCACAAGCAUAUCGUGCUUUAAAUCAAGCACUUGGAAGAUGCAUUCGUCAUAAAAAUGAUUGGGGAGCAUUAAUUAUUGUUGAUGAACGAAUUGUUAAUAAUAUGCAGGAUAAACAUUUUAAUAACAAAAUAUCUCUGUGGAUUAAACAACGUUUAUUUAUUUCACGUAAUUAUGAUGUGACAAUGAAUGCUUUGGAAAAAUUUUCUACAGAUAUGAAAAAAGCCGAUGAAUUACUAAUACUUCAAAAUGAACAACAACAACUACAAAUACAACAAUCAGAAAAACAAUUAAAUGAUGAUGAACAACGACGAUUUAGUUUAAUUGUACCGCCAUUAACUGAUAUACCAAAAAAAACGGAAAAAAAGAAAUGGAAUUAUCGACAAUGGAACAUUGGAAAUUUAACGGAUGAUGAUGAUGAGGAGGAUAAAAAAGAGAAGGAAACGAUUAUUAAACAAAACAAAAGUCGAACAUUUUCAAAGUUUGUUGCUAAACGUCCAAUAGCUAUGCCACCACCAUCUCAAGUACAAAAUGUAAUCGAUAUAACAGAUGAUGAAGAUGAAAAUAUGAAAAAUUGUCAAAAAUCUGAUACUCAAUAUUCAACAUCAACACCUCCAGUACCAAUAUUAUCUCAAAAAAUCAAUUCAUUUCAAUCACAAUCAAUUAUUGAUAUAACCGACGAUGAUGAUGAUUUUAUUCAAUCAACAGCUUCAUUUUCUUCACGACCAAAUAAAAAAAAACUUAAAUCGACAUAA